GGCGGAGCUGGGUUGCGUUCUCCUCUGGACGACGCAGGCCGAACCGGACCGAGGAGAUUCGAGUGGGGCCGAGGCCGGUGGCACCGCGGCCCAGAGCGGAGGUGGCAGGGCGCGCCCCACCCAGCGGCCAGGCGGAGCCUAAGAUGCUGGCUUUUGCCAGGCGGCCCCGCCCGGGCUCCCAGCCGCCUCCGGCCUCGCCCUUUCCGCUGCUGCUGCUGGCGGUGCUGAGCGGCCCGGUAUCCGGCCGCGUUCCCCGCUCGGUUCCCAGGACCUCGCUUCCUAUCUCAGAGGCUGACUCCUAUCUCACCCGGUUCACCGUCCCUCAGACAUACAAUUACUCUGUCCUCCUUGUGGAUCCUGCUGCCCAUACACUUUAUGUCGGCGCCCGGGACACCAUCUUCGCUUUAUCCCUGCCCUUCUCAGGGGAGAGACCCCGCAGGAUUGACUGGAUGGUGCCUGAGGCCCACAGACAGAACUGUAGGAAGAAAGGCAAGAAGGAGGAUGAAUGCCACAAUUUUGUCCAGAUUCUCGCCAUUGCCAAUGCCUCUCACCUCCUCACUUGUGGCACCUUCGCUUUUGACCCGAAGUGCGGGGUUAUUGAUGUGUCCAGUUUCCAGCAGGUUGAAAGACUUGAGAGUGGCCGAGGGAAAUGUCCUUUUGAGCAAGCUCAGCGGUCAGCAGCUGUAAUGGCUGGGGGGGUCCUCUAUGCUGCCACUGUGAAAAACUACUUGGGGACGGAGCCGAUUAUCUCCCGGGCUGUGGGUCGCGCUGAGGACUGGAUUCGGACAGAGACCUUGCCAUCCUGGCUUAACGCCCCAGCCUUUGUUGCAGCCGUGGCCUUGAGCCCAGCCGACUGGGGAGAUGAAGACGGAGAUGAUGAGAUCUACUUCUUCUUUACGGAGACUUCCCGAGCAUUUGACUCGUAUGAGCGCAUUAAGGUCCCACGGGUGGCCCGUGUGUGUGCGGGGGACCUUGGGGGCCGGAAGACCCUCCAGCACAGAUGGACAACAUUUCUGAAGGCUGACCUGCUAUGUCCAGGGCCUGAGCAUGGCCGGGCCUCCAGUGUCCUGCAGGACAUGGCCAUUCUUCGACCUGAGCAUGGAUCGGGGACCCUCAUCUUUUAUGGCAUCUUUUCCUCCCAGUGGGAGGGGGCUGCCAUCUCUGCUGUCUGUGCCUUUCUACCACAAGACAUUCGGACAGUGCUGAAUGGUCCCUUCAGAGAGUUGAAACAUGACUGCAACAGGGGACUGCCUGUCAUGGACAAUGACGUACCCCAGCCCAGACCUGGAGAGUGCAUCGCCAACAACAUGAAACUCCAGCAGUUUGGCUCAUCACUUUCCCUGCCUGACCGUGUGCUCACCUUCAUCCGGGACCACCCACUCAUGGACAGGCCGGUGUUUCCCGCUGAUGGUCAUCCCCUGCUCGUCACUACAGAUACAGCCUAUCUCAGAAUUGUGGCCCACAGGGUGACCAGCCUCUCAGGGAAAGAGUACGAUGUGCUCUACCUGGGGACAGAGGAUGGACACCUCCACCGAGCAGUGCAGAUUGGAGCCCAGCUCAGCGUCCUGGAGGAUCUGGCCUUAUUCCCUGAGCCACAGCCAAUUGAGAGCAUGAAAUUGUAUCAAAACUGGCUCCUGGUGGGCUCCCAUACUGAGGUGACACAAGUGAACACAACCAACUGUGGCCGUCUCCAGAGCUGCUCAGAGUGCAUCCUGGCCCAAGACCCUGUGUGUGCCUGGAGCUUCCGGCUGGAUGCGUGUGUGGCCCAUGCUGGGGAGCAUGGAGGGUUGGUCCAAGACAUAGAGUCAGCGGAUGUCUCUUCUUUGUGUCCCAAAGAGCCCGGAGAACGCCCAGUAGUGUUUGAAGUUCCUGUGGCUACAGCUGCGCAUGUGGUCUUGCCAUGUUCCCCAAGUUCAGCAUGGGCGUCCUGUGUGUGGCACCGGCCCAGUGGAGUGACUGCACUUACCCCCCGGCGGGAUGGGCUUGAGGUGGUGGUAACCCCAGGAGCCAUGGGUGCUUAUGCCUGUGAAUGUCAGGAGGGUGGGGCUGCCCGUGUGGUGGCUGCUUAUAGCUUGGUAUGGGGCAGCCAGCGGGGCCCCCCAAGUCAGGCCCACACAGUAGGGGCAGGACUGGCUGGCUUUGUCCUGGGGGUUCUUGCAGCAUCCCUGACUCUCCUUCUGAUUGGUCGGCGUCAGCAGCGACGGCGACAGAGGGAACUUCUGGCCAGAGACAAGGUGGGCUUGGACCUAGGGGCCCCACCAUCUGGGACCACAAGCUACAGCCAGGACCCUCCCUCUCCUUCUCCUGAAGAUGAGCGGCUGCCCCUGGCCCUGGCCAAGAGGAGCAGUGGCUUUGGUGGCUUCCCUCCCCCCUUCCUGCUUGAUCCUUGCCCGAGCCCAGCCCACAUUCGGCUCACCGGGGCUCCCCUAGCCACAUGUGAUGAAACAUCCAUCUAGGGCAAAUGACCGCUAGUGCAUUGGUAGCCCCUGGAGGGGAAUGACCAUUAAGAUGCUGGGGGUAGUGGGCCUGGAAGACGGUCAUGGCCUCUGGGUUCUCUUUUGGUCUUCGUGUAAUCACUUAGACUUCGUGUUUGCCUACUCUGGGCCUGGCUGGGCUCUGGCCCAAGCCUGUGCUUGAUUUCCUGAUUGCCAUGCGAGAUCAGAGCUGCCUUCUCCAGCAAAUCAGGACUUUUCCCAUGCCUGCCCUCUGAACCGCUGCGACCCCUUCAGCCUUGGCCCCCCAUCUUGGGCCCAUUAGUUUGGGGAUGGGGAACAGAACAUAGCUAUGACUUUGCCUUCUGGUGGGCCCUGGCCGGAAGGAAGGCCCCUAGAGGUGGUGUGGGGCUAGUGUGCAUUGAUCUUUUUGUUCAUUCUCUUUAGUUUAUUGGAUUCUCUGUGGGGAGUGCAUGAUCCCCAUGUCGCAACAUGAAAUCUCUGCCCUGAGAUGUCCCCCAACCCAGUUUUCCUUCUUCUGUAAAAGAGUGUGUGUGUAUACACAGGUGUUCGUUGGAGGCCUGGCCACAUGUGCAUGAAUGACUGGGCCAAUGCUCAGGUGUACUCAUGAGGGGUCAGGAGGGGAAGGUGGGAAUGGAGGCAUUGCCUGCAGAACUUCAGACCCUGCAGGCAGUGAAGGAAUGGCUUUCCUUUCUAAAAGGAAACAAGCCACCACCCCAUCCCCAUCAUCUCCUACAACCCUUCUCUUGAGUAGAGAAAAACUCCCCAAGUGACCUUUUGGGUGGGAAGGACAGCAGUACAUGUGACCCCAUCUUUCUCUUUGUUUUUGCCUCCUGGCUGCCACCACUGCCACACACAGCUGUUCUUUCUCUGGCUGGAGUACAGGCUGGACCGCCUUCUUUGGCUCCCAUUAAAAAAACUUCACAACAUUCUAAGUGUAAGGGACAACAAAAGGGGAAUAGUCAUAGGAAGUAGAAGUUGCAAAAAAAUAGGUUUGUAUCCGUGACUUUACUCAGGUUGACACCCUCGCCCUAAAUCAGAAGUUCUCCACCUGGGGUCCAUGGACUCCCUGAAAUCAUAUGCAAAAUGUUGUCUGUACCUGUGAGUCUGUGUUUUUAUGGGGGUGGGGGGUUAUGGCUUUCAUCAGAUUCUCAAGGCCUUAACAAAGUUAAAGGACCACGCCUCGAGGUCGCCACACAUUGGCCAAGCUGAGGGGUGCCACACAGCGGCAGCUCUUCCUGCCCCACAAUCCCUUCCCUGUGGCCCGCCCUGGACUUGCAGCUGCUGGAUGCCCUCUUGUUUCUCCCAUCCCUGGAAACUGGGCUCUGUGUGUAUUUGAAGAUACUGUCAACUCCUACCAAACAUAAAGACCUCUUCCUGCUUCACAGCUCCCAGAUGCUCUAGGCUUCUCCUGCUCAGUCCUGGUCUUGGCCUGUGUAUGUGCCUCGUUCAUCCCUGGUGGGGGACCCCCUUGAGCUCCAGUGAAUGAUCCAGCCCUUCUCAGUUGAAGUUUCAACUCUACUUACCUUGGCAGCAGCCUGUGAACUACUCAAAAGAGUCCCCUUGGGUUUGGGAUUAUCAGUGGCUUUGCCACUAAUAAGUGUAUGAUUUUCAGCAAGUAAUCUAAUAUAGGAACAUUGGUUUACUUAUCUGUAAAGUGGGGAUAAUAAUACCUACCUCAGGGUUGCUGCAAGGAUUAAAUGGGGAAACAUGUAAACAAUAAAGCGCUAUCUAUUCCAGUA